CGAUCAACAUAUAGCUAGGUAGACUGUACACUUUGUUAUAAAACAAUAUAAAGAUCAGCACAUCAUGUAACACUACAUUUCCCAGAGGCGUUAGCAUGCUAGCAUGGCUGCAUUGACGCUAACUUGAUAAAUCUAAUAUUGCAGUUCUUCACAGAGGGCAGUGAUUUAAAUACACAACACAGGUCAUCUCCACCAAUCAUGUACCGCAGAGGAAAGACUGCAACAUUUUAAUAAACAUUUAUCAUACACGCAAUAUAUAUUGUAUUAAAAAGCACAUGUUAAAUCGGGUGUUUAACCUGCUAACUGGUAAGUAAAUAAACCGACUAGCUUAGUUGCUUACUUGACACUUGUUUUAACAGUUCCGGUAUGUAUUUUCAAAAUAAAAGCCCCAACACAAAAGGGAUUUUUACCCUCAAAGCAAAUGCAACAAGGCCUCGUUAGUGCGCAGCAUCAAUUUCCAAUUUAUCUCUGCUUAGCACUUCUUGUAUACAGUUUAAAGGCUUAGCAUAAAACACGUGCACACAUAACUUUAAACUCCCAUCAACCCUUGCGAGAUUUACAGUAGGAACCUUCUGCUAACUGACUGCUAGCCGGCUACAGUGAAAUUCAAGUUGUUCAAAAUGUUGGGAAGACAUUGAACUCUGAAGCCUCCUGUUCCUGUGCCCCCCCGUGUUGCUAAAUAUAGGUCACAAGCUGUCUGAACACACCUCGCUGCAUUUGCUGACAGGCGAGUCUCACUUCCUUUCUUUUGAGGAACAGUCUCCUCUUCCCGGUGAUCACGCGACCUCGCUAUCAUGUGCUGAAGACCAGUCUGCUGUGAGCCGUGUUUGACAGUAGCAGCAAUGAGGGCUGGAGUCGGGACGCAGGUAUGGGACAGAGCUGUAGCUACCUGCCUCCUGACGCUCUGUCUCGGCUGUUUACACGUGAUCGCGCUCAAGUCACAACUCUUCACCAGGCUCGGAGGCUCAUCUUACUCCACUGAGCCCCCCAUCAGCUAUGAAACGUUUUAUUUUGACCAGAAGAUCGAUCAUUUCGGUUUCCUAGAGGAUGGCACCUUCAAACAGCGAUACCUCGUUGCCGACAAACACUGGCAGCAGCCCGGAGGACCCGUUCUGUUCUACACUGGCAACGAAGGCGACAUCACCUGGUUCUGCAACAACACUGGCUUCAUGUGGGAGAUUGCGGAGGAGUUGGGCGCCAUGCUAGUUUUUGCAGAACAUCGUUACUAUGGAGAGUCCCUGCCGUUUGGACAAGACUCUUACAGUGACAGCAAGCACCUGAACUACCUGACCUCGGAGCAAGCCCUGGCAGAUUUUGCGGUGCUGAUUCAGAACCUGAAGAGCACUUUACCCGGAGCUCAGCACAGUCCUGUCAUCGCCGUCGGAGGUUCCUAUGGAGGGAUGCUCGCCGCCUGGUUCAGGAUGAAAUACCCCAACAUAGUGGUUGGAGCUCUGGCAGCUUCCGCGCCAAUAUGGCAGUUCACCGGUAUGGUGCCAUGUGGAGAUUUCUACAAAAUAGUCACACAGGACUUCGCCAAGAGCGGGAAUAACUGUGACGCAAACAUCAGAAAGUCUUGGAAGGCCAUUAACAAUGUCUCCUCCACUGCGUCUGGUCUUCAAUGGCUGUCAGAAGAAUUCAGUCUAUGCGCCUCUCUGAAAAACGAGAACGAUGCUGUCGGCUUCAAGAACUGGCUUCAGGAGACUUGGGUGAACCUGGCUAUGGUGGACUACCCCUACGAAGCCAAUUUUCUGCAGCCACUUCCUCGCUGGCCGAUCCAGGUGGUGUGCAAGUAUCUGGCUUUCGAUCCGGCUGUGUCGGACUACCAGCUGCUGCACGGCGUCUCCCAAGCAGCAAAGGUCUACUACAACUACACCGGAAGCUCCUCCUGCCUCAACACAUCUCAGACGGCAACCGGCAGCCUCGGCUUCCUCGGCUGGUUUUACCAGGCCUGCACAGAGAUGGUGAUGCCCAUGUGCACGGACGGCGUCCAGGACAUGUUUGAACCGGAGGAGUGGAACUUCAAGGCCUUCUCUGACGAGUGCAACGUCAUGUUCGGUGUCAGGCCGCGAGCCGACUGGGCGGACACGGUCUACGGGGGGAAGGACAUCGCCUCGCACAGCAACAUCAUCUUCAGUAACGGAGGACUCGACCCGUGGUCGUCCGGUGGAGUGACCUCCAACAUGACAGCUUCCCUGGUUUCCGUUGUGAUCCCUGACGGAGCCCAUCACUUGGACCUCCGCUACAGCAAUGACCAUGACCCACCUUCAGUCCGCGCGACCCGGGCGUUAGAGGUGAUGUACUUUCGAGAGUGGAUCAAGCAGGCUAAAAAGACUCCUCAAACCUCUUAGUGCCUAAAAAGCAGCACAAUGUCGCCCGACCCAGUCUGCCUAGCUUUAAUUUACGUGACAGCCUUUCACAAGGUGCUCGCUGCAUCAUUCUGCCAAAGUAUAUGCCUUUUUAUUAAUUCAUGUUGUGGACAAUCUUUUUCUCUACAUUGAAUGAUGGCCUUUUUAUUUAAAUAAUUGCAACACAACUCCUGAUCUUAAUGCCAUUAAUCACGUGAGAAUGUUUUAAGUGUAUGAGACACACUCCAUUUCUUUAUGCCAAACUAUACUUUUCCAAGGGCUUGGGGAGGCACACUCCAUUAUGAGCAAUAAAUGAGAUUGAGUUGUCACUUUCUUUGUCAAUACAUUUAAUCACAUUAUUGUCAUCAAAAGACUGGAUCAUCCUCAUUAUGUUCUUUAUCUCCCACGCUAACGCUUGCCAAAAACUAAUUAAAGCCUCCAAACUUGUGUUUUCUUUUUGUCAUUCACUGGUACAAUCAGGGAUAUGUUUAGUUAUUACCAUCUUUAAUUUCAUUUUUGUCUUCCAGUUACAACUUGACACCCCGUAUUGUUGUUGUCAUUCUUGUCGAUUAGCCUUUGUUGUUAGUCAGGUGUAGUUCUUCUUUCAAAGUAAGUGUUUAAUCUGAUUUUUUGCUUUUUAACACUUAAGGAAGUCUCAGGAGAAAAGUUUGCCACCAAAUGGAAAGAAAAUCGAAUAAAAAUGUUUUUAAUAUCCUCUGCA